AUUAAGAUUUUUAAAUUAUAGUUACUUUUUUUCAAUAUAAAAAAAGGAAUUAUAAGAAUGGGCAAAUUUGGAAAAAAAGAUGAUGACGAAUCUGAAUUUUUAUUUGAAAAUUUAGAUAAAGGUCAAGUUGUUCAAGAAAAGAGGGCUUUCAAUGAAUCACCUAUUCAUCCAAGAAAAUGUUCAUUAGUAAUUUCACAAUUUCUUUAUUUACUUUCAAGAGGUGAUACCUUCACUAAAAAAGAAGCAACUGAUAUUUUCUUUGCUGCAACUAAAUUAUUUCAAUCAAAAGAUAUCCCAUUAAGAAGAUUAAUGUAUUUAUUAUUAAAAGAAUUAUCAUCAAUUUCAGACGAUGCAAUUAUUGUUAUUAGUUCUUUAACAAAAGAUAUGACACAUAAAAUUGAACUUUAUAGAGCAAAUGCUAUUAGAAUUUUAUGUAAAAUUACAGAUAGUUCAAUUUUACCACAAAUCGAAAGAUAUUUUAAACAAUCAAUUGUUGAAAAAGAUCCACAUGUUUCAUCAGCAGCAUUAGUUUCCUCAAUUCAUUUAUUAAAGGUCAGUCCAGAAAUUGUAAAGAGAUGGGGUAAUGAAGUUCAAGAAGCAAUUUCAAAUAAGUCAAAUAUGGUUCAAUAUCAUGCUUUAGCACUUUUACAUAGAAUUAAACAACAUGAUCGUUUAGCUGUUAUUAAAUUAGUUAGUAAUUUAAUAAAAAAUUCACUUCGUUCACCAUAUGCUCAAUCCUAUUUAAUUAGAUGUUGUGUUGAAAUCAUUGAAGAAUCAAACACAGAAGAUAGAAUUUUCCGUGAGUAUAUUGAAUCAUGUUUAAGAAGUAAAAAUGAUAUGGUUGCAUAUGAAGCAGCUCGUUCAAUUUGCUCAUUCAAGAAUGUUUCAGCUAAAGAAAUAAACUCAGCUGUUGGUGUUUUACAAAACUUUUUAAAUUCAACUAAACCAACUUUAAGAUUUGCUGCAGUUCGUACAUUAAACAAAUUGGCCCAAACCAAUCCAACUGCAGUUGUACCAUGUAAUUUAGAUAUGGAAAAUUUAAUUACAGAUAGCAAUAGAAGCAUUGCAACUUUAGCCAUUACAACAUUAUUAAAAGUCGGCAAUGAAUCAAAUGUUGAAAGAUUAAUUAAACAAAUUGCAAACUUUUUAGGUGAUAUUAAUGAUGAAUUCAAGAUUGUUGUCGUUGAUGCCAUUACAUCACUCUCACAAAAAUUCCCAAAGAAACACAAGCAUUUAAUUAUUUUCCUCAACAAGAUUCUUCGUGAUGAAGGUUCAUUACAACUUAAACAAGCCACUCUCGAUGCAAUUCUUACUGUUGUCAACAAUAUUCCAGAAUCUAAAGAAAUUGCUUUGACUGAACUUUGCGAUUACAUCGAAGAUUGUGAUUUCCAAGAUCUUACAGUUCAAAUUUUACAUCUUAUUGGUCAAGAAGGUCCAUUAACAUCAUCUCCAGCUCAAUAUAUGAGAUACAUUUACAAUAGAGUUCUUUUGGAUAGUGGAAUUAUUCGUGCUGCUGCUGUUACCUCAAUUGCCAAAUUUGGUCUUCUCUACGAACCAAUGAGGGAUAAAGUUAUCAUCCUUCUUCAAAGAUGUCUUUUAGAUGAAGAUGAUGAAGUUCGUGAUAGAGCUAUUCUUUAUUUAAGAUUAUUCAAAGAAGACGAUAUUCAUUACCUUUCAAAGAUUCUUAUGGAUGAUGUACCAGUUCCAACUGUCAACAUGCAAAAGAGUUUAGAAGUAUACUUACAUAAUGGUGAUUUCAGCGAACCAUUCGAUAUUGCAACCGUUUCAACUGUUGUCGAAACUGCUCAAUCUCCAAUGAUUGGCGAUGGUAAAUCCCCAUUUGCUACUGGCUCAAAGAAAUCAGAAUCAAAUGUCACAUCACCAAAAGCUUCUGGUUCAGCUGCUAAUGACCAAGAAGGUCCAGAAUCAUAUGGCACCAAACUUUCUGCUAUUCCACAAUUCAGCGGUUACGGAAAAUUAUUAAAAUCAAGCGAAUUUAUCGAACUCACCGAAACCGAAACUGAAUAUGUUGUCAAUUGUGUUAAACAUGUCUUUAAAGAACAUAUUGUAUUCCAAUUCAAUGUUACCAACACUCUUAAUGAACAACAAUUGGACAAUGUUUCUGUUAAAAUGGUACCAAGCGAUCCAAAACUUCUCAAAUAUGAAUGCUCAAUUCCUAUUGAUGCUCUUCCAUAUGGAGAGCCACAACCAUGUUAUGUUGCUAUUCGUUAUAAUCCAGCAAAUGGCUAUCCAUUAUGUUCAUUUAGUAACACCCUUAAAUUCAAAGUUAGAGAAAUCGAUCCAUCAACUAAUCAACCAGAGGAACAAGGUUAUGACGAUCAAUAUAGUUUAGAAAGAAUGGAAAUUGUACCAAAAGAUUUCUUAAACAGAGCCUAUGUUGGAAACUUUGUCGAAGAAUGGAAAGCAAUCUCCGAAGAUAAUCAAUUAGUACAAACUUUUUCAUUAGUAGGUGUUAAAACAAUCGAUGAAGCUGUUAAACAAAUCGUUAAAACUCUUGGUAUGGCAACUGCCGAAAAAUCUGAAGUCGUUCAACCAAAAGCUAUGAAACACAUCCUUUAUCUUUCCGGUAAAUCUUUAUCCAACCAAUUAAUCUAUGUCAGAGCCAGAAUGAAAUUAGAUCAAUCUCAAACAAAUACCGAUGUAGAGUUAACAAUUAAAUCUGACAGUGAAGAAUUAAAUGAAUUUGUAAUUUCUGCUUUUAAUUAAAAAAAAAAAAAAUACCAUAUAACUUUAAUAUAAAAAUAAAAAAACUAUAAAUAAUUUUAAAAUAAUCCAUUCAACUGUAAUUUACAACUCUUUAUAUCUUUUAAAUAAAUAUUUUUUUU